UUAUGUGAACAAAAAUGCAAAAUAAACGGAAACUGUCUACAGACUCUACAGUCACAAAAUCGUGUUGCCAAAGAUUGUCUAUAUUCGCAUGUGUUUGUGCUAUCGUAUCUUUACUUGUCAAUUUUUACAAUUAUACAGAGAGAGACACUUUCAAAGUUAUAGAAGCAUCGAAUUUAAUGCAUAAUAUUCUAGAUGAUAAGGUGAAGCAAAGAAUAGAGGCUUACUUUAAGGAAUUGACGAGAACUACUUCGCUUCGGCUAAAAAGAGAAGCUUUGUUGAAAACGUCACCAGAUCAAGAAGACAACACGGUAGUACCCCAUGUAGAGUUCUACAACCCAAAAAUGCGAGGUGAGCUGGAAGAGAAAGACGCCGCUGAGAUGGCCAGGACGGGAGCAAAAGGACCAGCCCCAGGCGGUGACAGUUGGGUCUGGUUGACUAGCUACUCCAGAGUUCCAUCCUUAGUCGUUCAAGAUUUCUGUAAAGCAACUCAGAACUACUGCCCGCCUGGCGUUCAAGGACCGAAAGGAUCGCGAGGAGAAGCAGGUCCCAAAGGCGAGAGGGGAGACCCAGGAGCGCCAGGCUCACCUGGCAAUAAUGGCGGGAAAGGGCCAAUGGGUCCUCCAGGGCCUAAAGGAGAACGCGGUUUCCCUGGCAACCCGGGGCUAGACGGCAGAGAUGGUGUACCUGGUGAACCAGGACUUGAUGGAUUACCUGGCAGGAACGGUGCUGAUGGGGCACCGGGUAAAGAUGGUCGAGAUGGCAUUCCUGGAAAAGAUGGAAGCCCGGGAAAGAAUGGCAAGGAUGGAAAGGAUGGUAGGACAGGUCCUCAAGGACCCCCAGGCCCUCGAGGCUUGAAAGGAGAUCGCGGACUGCCAGGACCUAAAGGUCAUAACGGUACAAACGGGCAGAAUGGUCAACCAGGACGGCCAGGCCUCUCCAUUUAUAACUAUACUAAGGAGAAUCAACUGCUAGUGCCGCCUACUUUUGCUGGAAACCACCACAGAGUAAUAGUAACUGAAGCUGAGCCCCUUCGCAUCAGCUGCAACCCUGCGGGUUACCCUAUACCUACAGUUGAAUGGCGAAGAGACGAUUCUACUCCUUUGGCACAGGGUAAAUGGAGAGAUGUAGCAAUCAGUGGCAACCUACUCAGUAUCCCGAAGGUGAACCGUUGGCAUACUGGGCGAUACGUCUGCCUCGCCAAUAAUGGAAUACUGCCCCCUGUCAAUCAAACUACUGAUGUGGAAAUCACCUUCAGUCCUUUCGUACAAACGCCAAAUAAUGUGAUCUACUUACAAAAGACAGACAAGGUUGCUAAACUCGAAUGCGCAGUUGAAGCGUGGCCCGAGCCGGUAUUAGCUUGGGAAUUUAGAGGCGUCACUUGUUGUACAGAAGGUUUACGUUACAAGAUGGAAACAGUUCUAACUCCUCUUAAAUUUCGAUUCAUCAUAAGGCUGGAGAUCCACGAUAUCACGCAGAGAGAUAUUGGAAGAUAUAGUUGUGUUGCUAAAAAUGAGAUGAAUAAUCAGACUGUUCGAAGCAAUAUUGAGUUGAAAUACGUAAACCCAGGUGAGACAACACCGAAACCAGUACCAGUGGACUACUGGUCCCGAGCGCCGUAUUCUCCAUCUUACGAAGAACUAUGCCAAGAUAAAACCUGCCCGACAUGUCCAAGGACCUGUGAAACCAACCUGAUGAUACUUUCUAUGAAUGACACUUCGCAGCAUGGAUUAAGUAGACAUAGUAAUUGUCAACUCUACGCGAUAGGGAAACCUGUUUAUCAUCGGUACAAAGAAGAACAAUUUGGGGCUUGGCUUAGAGAUUCCAAUGCUUCUACAGAUAUUCAGAGGGAAAAACUUUGGACAACCCAAGAAUAUGACGUAGAGAGACUAUUGGAAUUCAGAACUAAAAGCAGAUUUAAAAGUAAUACACCGGAUGAAUUUUAUAAACUUCAGAAACCAUUCUUUGGCAAUGGUCAUAUAGUAUACAGUGGAUCAUUCUUCUAUCAAGCGAAUGAAUCUGGUAUACCUGGAGACAUCAUUCGCUACGACCUCAAUCAGAGCCGAAUCAAGACCGUACAACUACCAUAUGCUGGUGGUCGGUUGUACAGCUCUCAACACAACCAGGUUGAUUUCAGUGCUGACGACAACGGUUUAUGGGCUAUCUAUUCAAUCAAAGGAUCAAAUAACACAGCAGUUGCCAAGCUCAGUUUCAAUCCUGACAUUAUCGACUUGAACAUUGACUAUCUCUGGAAUAUCUCUUUGAAUCAUAGACAAAUGGGAGAAAUGUUCAUUGUAUGCGGUGUGCUUUACGCCCUGGAUUCGGCUACUGAGCGAGAAACAAAAGUGAGCAGGGCAGUCGACUUGUACCUGAACCAACGCAGAGAAGUAUCUUUGCAGUUCACCAACCCGUUCCGGAAGACUACACAGCUGGGUUACGAUCAUUUGCAUAAGGAACUAUACUCCUGGGACAGAGGCAAUCAACUCACAUACCCAGUUCGCUCUCACGAACUACCUGGACCAUAG